AUGGCGCCCAUCCGCGAGACUUUUCGCAACACGGCGAACCGUGUAGUGGAUGUACUGAAGCAGAAGGCUUACGUCCAUUAUCAACACGGAUGCCUGAAGCUCGAGACUGAUGCUCGCGUCCUCAAGAAAUCCAUUGAGAGCACUGCCCCUUAUCUGGUUCUGACUGGCCUGAGCAACGUCUGUGCUAGCUCCAGUCGUACUCCACUACCACCGCCAAGCAAGAAGCAGCAGACUUCUCGCACCUCAACCACAGGACGUAUCGAGAAGCCCAAGCGUCAUGGCUCUCCCGCAGAGCGAGAUUUCCGGUGGUAUGAUAUGAAGAUGAAGAGGGAGGCUUCCGAGAUGGCGCGCGAGAAAGAGAUCCGCCUCCGAGAGGAGCAGUUGAAGAUGGCGGAAGAGAAGAAACGACAGAAAGAGCUUCGCGCUUCAUCUGAUCAGUGGGCGGUGGAUCGUCAUAUGAGUAUCAAGGCAUCCCGCUCCCAGUUGACGCCGCCACCACCGCCGCCAUAUGUGCCCGAAAAGUCACCCUACAGCGACGAAUUCUACGCGAAUCAGACCCCUGAGGAGCGUCGCAAGUUCAUCCACGAGAGAUUGACCAAUAUCCUUGGCGAGGAGAAGAUGAAGGCUCCGAUCCUUCCUUCUGGUCACAACCCUAUAGAACCCGUCAUUGCUGAGCAUAACAAGCGUGUAGCCACUGAAAGUAUCAUCGAUGCGUUCGAGUCUCGACGUGCUGAGAUUCAACGCCGCGUUGAUGAGCAGAUGUGGAUGGCUCAUCAAGCACACAAGGCUUAUGUGAGGACAGAGGUUCUCUGGAAUCACUACCACAACAUCUACCAGGGGCGCAUUAACAGACUUGCCAUGUACACUGGCGAGAUGGGCGACAACAUCGAUCUCUUAGACAACGCCAUCGCAAACAACGAUGUGUGGGAGGUGGCCAACACCAUUCAAUUCUUGACCCAGCAGAUCUUUGAUCCCGUCCUCGGCCUGCUACAAGAGUGCGACAACGAGAUUCCACUGGCUGUAGACGAUGCCCAGAAGCUCAAGGCUAUUUGGCCUCUGGCGCGUCUCGAGGAGGUCUACGGGUAUCUGGUGAGCAAGGCUGAUGGUCUCGAGCCCCAGGUUGUCUUCAUGGCUCAGCUUAUUGAGGCCAUCGCCCAUCGGAUCAAGAAUCCGACACCGCUUGUGAACCCUCUUGAGCAAGAGCAGCAACCUACCAACAACUUUUGCGCCAAUCACAGCUAUACGAACACCAAUACAGCGGCAAGCUCUAACCCUAUUUCUGACAAUGGAGCUUCUAUAUUAGGUGCGGCUCCUGCUGCUCCUGAAGGAGGAUUUUCGAUCCGUGGCAGAGCGUCUACAUCCGGUGUUGAUCCGGAUGCCUACGUCCCCGGCGCUGCCACUUCCGCACCCGCAGGCUCUGGCAUAUCUAAGCUGACUGCUGCAACCCUCGCAAAAGCUGCUGACAAUCAGCUGGCCUGUUAUCCCGCUGGUUCCGAAAUCCCGUCCAUUACCGUUGAGCCAGUAGACAGUGUCGCGCGGCAAAACGUCAUCCAUUACAUUUCGACCGACAAUAUGGUCCUCGAAACAGAGAUCCAGGACAUGUUCCGCAGCAACGAGAUCAAGAGCAAUCAUCGCCGUGCAGUCAAGGAGUGUAUUGAUGGUCUGUUGAAUGCCGCGAACGGUGAAGAGAGUAUUCUCGGCUCUAUGGAUGCCGGACACUACCGCUCACAGAUCGAGAAGUGUGUCACAAGGAUUGACGCUCUUCCCCUGAAGAUUCGUCAGAACAAGGAUACUCAAGCUCUCAAGAAGCUUUGUGGCCGUGCGCUGAAGAUCUGGGCGAUUCAUGAUUAG